AUUGAAGACACGUUAAUAAUUGGAGCCCUCCAUUUUGGCGAUGGUGCACUAUUUUCAAAAUCCAUCCCGCUCUCUUCUCAUCACUCUAAUUCAAAUCGCCAUUACUUUCUUUUUGUCCUCAUCUUAAAAGAAAUUUGCAAAUUUCAAAUUCUGUAGAUUUGCAGCUUAAAAAAACCCUAACCCACGACGUCUUUAAUCGGUUCGUCAACUCUAAUCCUCUUCCAUUUUCAUGCUUCUUUACACUACUUUGGGAUUGCGCGCCAAAGAUUUGAACUCGCCUGAAAAAUUCGCUCCUAUUUCUUCGUUAUUCGAACAACCGAUGACAUUUCUUUGAUUUUUUUUUAACGCGAUUCUCUGUGAUUUUAACUGGGUUUUAAGCUAAUGGAUGAUCGGUGCGAUUCCAGACCCGUUUCUGACCCGCUUCCGUCAUCACCCAGAUCGAAAACUAAGACUUUGGGCGAGAAGAGGAGUAGCGGUAAUUUUGAAGAACAGUGUGAGGCUGAUCUUAACAGGAUAAAAUUGCGAGAUUCUGGAUCAAUGUGUGGUUCUCCAGCAUUAAAUGUUCAUCAGGGGAAUUGUUUGAAAAUGAAAGAAGCUAGUGAUGAAUGUCAGAUGUUUGAUGAACAGAGGCCUCGAGCGAUUGGUGUGCCUAUGAGAUUGGCUGAGGAGAUUAAUACUGAAGUUUGUGUUCCUAAAAGUUCAGGUUCUGAUAAUAUGGAUUUGGCUAACAUUUCUGAAAAACAACACGAGCUUAGGAAUGAUAAUGGUACUCGUGUAGCUCCAAGAGGUAUUGAUUUAGACCUCAAUGUAGAAGAUGUUUCUAGCUCUGUAAACCUCGAAAUCGCUCGCCCUUUGAAGAAACGUAAUGUGUUGAAGUCACAGCGUUCUUCUGAAUGCGCUAGCUCUACGGGUCGAUUGGGAGAGAAAGAUCCAUUAAGAAUUUGGAAGGAGAUGAAGCAAAAUGGAUUUCUUUCGGCUUCUCAUGGAGGCAUACCGGCACCGAAGCAACGUGGGAGGAGAAGUAAAAACGAUGGCGUUAAUAAGAAGAUGGAGAUUGCUAAAAGAGAGAAAAAGUUGGAGCUUGCAAAGAAGGAGCAGAUCGAUCGGUUUACAAAGAUUGCUGCUCCAAGUGGUUUGCUUACUGAACUGAAUCCCGGGAUCAUAAACCAUGUAAGAAAUCGAAAACAGGUCCAUUCGAUUAUCGAGGCAAUUGUACGGUCUGAGAAACAAGAAAACGAACAAAACGAACGCCUGGCAAAUAAGCUUCUAGCAGAAAAGAAACAUGCUGCUAAAGCAGGAACCAAAAGGGAUCUUGACAAUACCAAUGAUCCUGAGAGGAAUGUAUUUGGUUCUUCUCAAAAGUAUGGCCCUCCACACAAUGUUCCUGCUAGCAGGCAAAAAAGUGGAUGCUCCUUGACAAGAUCUGUUAUAACGGAUGCCGAAGGUGUGGACUAUAGACAAAACAUGUUGGAUCGAGCCUCUGAAUCGAGCACUAUGAACGACAAAGAAACUCUUGCACCCGAGCUGUCAUCGUCACAUGCUGUGUCUGAGAAUGCUUGUCCAGUGUCUAAUGAUGAAGAAGAAGAAGAAAACAUGACCUGUAUUUCAUCUCUUUCUCUUAAAGCUGCUACCGUUGCUUCUCAAUGGUUGGAACUGAUACACCAAGACAUUAAAGGACGUCUCUCAGCUCUACGACGUAGUAAAAAAAGGGUUCGAGCUGUAAUUUCUACAGAGUUGUCGUUUCUAAUAGCUAAAGAAUUUCCGUGUAAUGAAGAGAACGAUCCUUAUGUUGCGAAGAGUUCACUCGACAAAACUUCGAUUAUGUCCACUGCUGAUCUCCAUCAAGCAAGAUGGGCUAAACUGUUUAAUGAGAUGGAUAAAGCUCUUGCUGAAGAAGAGAAACAACUAGAAAGUUGGUUGAACCAAGUAAAAGAAAUGCAGAUGCACUCUGAUCAGGGGCUGAACCAUGUUCAGUCGAGGGGGGCAGCUUUCGGCUCACAGCAAUCGGGAGAAACACAAAACGACUCAAGAACAAGGGAAGAGAGAGCAUUAGCUGUGGGGGCAGCUGCAGCUUCCAUAUAUUCAACCUGCAACUUCCUGUUCUCAGAGAAUGUGUCCUGUUUCUGAGAAGGAAAGGAAAACAAAUCUUUUUUACUUUGCAAUUUGCUAACAUUUUCUUUUCCUGUUUUUUUUUGGGGACUUCUUGUUUGCAUUAUGAGCUUAUUUAUUGUAAUAAGUUAAUUUCAAAUAAAUUAGU